AUGAAGUCCCUCGCCGCGACUCUCGCGCUCGCCGCGCUCGUCAACGCCGGCCUCCGCUUCCCCUGCUCGACGCUGACCUUCCAGCGCCUCGACCCGGCCGGCGAGCCCGGCUCGCUCCCGUCCUCCCACGUCCACCACAUCGUCGGCGGCAAUGCCUUCAACGCCUCCAUGGACGGCGACGUCGGUGAACGCGCUACCUGCACCACCUGCCAGAUGGCCGAGGACUUCUCCAACUACUGGACCGCUACCCUGUACUUCAAGCACCCCGAGAACGGUAGCUACCACCGCGUCCCUCCUCUGGCUGUCCAGCCCCUCCUCGGAGGAUCUCAGGGCGCGCAGGGUGGUCUUACCGUGUACUACACGCAGUUUGACCUCAGCAGGGACAACUUGGCCCAGCAGCCCGUCAAGGCUUUCCCUCCGGUAAGGCUCCUUCUCGUUAACACACCUGGCUUCCGCAUGGUUGUCGGCGACCCCGGUGCGACUGACGGACAGGUCCACGCCGGUCUCAGCUACCAGUGCAUGAACGGCGCCAGCCGAGGUGCCAUCACCGCUGCUAUGCCUCAGCAGCCAUGCCCCAGCGGCAUCUUCACCACCCACCACUUCCCUCCCUGCUGGGACGGCAAGAACCUCGACAGCCCCGACCACCGAUCGCACAUGUUCAACACGGUUGCCUUCGAGACCGUCUGGGACACGAGCAAGUUCAACAGCAUGUGGCCUUCGGGCACCCCCAGCCCCUUCGUGUGGAGCUUCGAGGGCAACGGCUACGGCACCCACGCCGAUUACAUGUUCGGCUGGAAGGGCGACUCGCUCCAGCGCGCCAUGGACAAGUCCGAGUGCUUCUACGAUGGCUGCGGAUCCAUCGAGAAGCAGGCCAUGUCGGUCGCUAACCAGUGCGGCGUCGAGAACAUGGUUGGCGAGGAGACUGACGGAUGGCUCACCUCGCUUCCCGGUCAGGGCAUGCCUAUGAACAACAAAUAG